AUGUUUAUAUUCUCAAUGGAACAAUUUUUUAUUGAUGUAGGAAAGGGAGGAAUCUCAUCGCAAGUACUCAUUGCCAUCAUUGUUCCAGUUGGAGCCUCUGUUUUGCUUUUCAUCAUAGGCUUUUGUUUCCUACGCAGGAAAGCAAAGACGAAACGUGAUGAUACUAAAGACGAUAGUGCUCUGAAUGAAAUCCCAACAGUUGAGUCCUUGCAAUAUGAUUUUGGUACUAUUCAAGCAGCCACAAACAACUUCUCUGAUGAUAACAAAAUCGGUGAAGGUGGAUUUGGUCAUGUCUACAAGGGUAAACUUAUUAAUGGAGAAGAGAUAGCUGUCAAGAGGCUAUCUCAAAACUCAGGGCAAGGUGGAGAAGAAUUCAAGAAUGAAGUUUUGCUGGUAGCCAAGCUUCAACAUAGAAAUCUAGUGAGACUACUAGGAUUUUGCUUGGAAGGAGAAGAGAAGAUACUCAUUUAUGAAUUUAUGCCCAACAAAAGCCUUGACCGCAUUCUAUUCGAUUCCCAAGAGCACGGAAAAUUGGAUUGGCCAAAACGUUAUAAGAUUAUUGAAGGGAUAGCUCGAGGGAUGCUCUAUCUUCAUGAAGAUUCCCAACUUAGAAUUAUACACCGUGAUCUCAAAGCUAGUAAUAUUUUGUUAGAUGGGACCAUGAAUGCAAAAAUUUCAGAUUUCGGCAUGGCGAGGAUCUUCGGUGUGGAUCAAUCUCAAGGAAAUACAAAUAAAGUCGUCGGAACAUUUGGUUACAUGUCUCCGGAAUAUGCAAUGCAUGGACAGUUCUCCGUAAAGUCCGAUGUUUAUAGCUUUGGUGUCUUAGUUUUGGAGAUCAUAAGUGGCAAGAAAAUCAAUGACUUCGAUCAAUCAAGCAACGUUGAGGACCUGCUUACCUAUGCUUGGAAGCUUUGGAAGAACGGAACACCGUUGAAAUUGAUGGAUCCAACUUUGGAAGUAUCGUAUUCAAGAAAUGAAGUCUCCAGAUGCAUCCAUAUCGGCUUGUUGUGUGUUCAAGAAGACCCAGACGCUAGGCCCUCCAUGGCAACAGUAGUUUUGAUGCUCAAUAGUUACACUAUUACCCUAGCAAUUCCUGAAGAACCUGCAUUCUUCUCUCCUAGUAAAACAGUGUUAAAUAAAGGACAAGGUGUAGAGUCAGAUCAAUCUACAAGUAAGUCAAUACCAUUGUCUGUGAAUGACGUAACAAUUUCUGAAUUAGACCCUAGAUAAUGUGAGAAGUCUAUGACAUAUCAAGGUUGAAGGAUAAAUUUACAGUGUGAAAUGAAUAUAAAUAAACUGAAACACUAUAUUGGGUUAGUUAUAUUUUUAGUUCCAAAAUAUGAGUGUUAUGCUGUGUCAUUUUGAUUCCUAAUGUUUAAAUUGUAUUUCAAUUUUGUUUUUAAUAUUUAAAUUGUAUCAAUAUGAUUUACAAUGUAUAAAAAAUGCUUCAAUUUAGUUUAUCAAUAA